AUGAUUUCAAGAAAUUUAAAAAAUAUUGUUGUUAAUAAUAACUUUAAACUUUAUUAUUCAACAAAAUCAAAAGGAUCAAAUAAAGUUUAUAAUUCAGCUAAAGAUGCUGUUGCAGAUAUUCAAAGUGGUUCAAAAUUAUUACUUGGUGGUUUUGGAUUAUGUGGUAUCCCAGAAAAUUUAAUUACAGCUCUUCGUGAUAAAGGUGUUAAAGAUUUAACAGUUGUUUCAAAUAAUUGUGGUGUUGAUGAUUUUGGUUUAGGUUUAUUAUUAAAGACUAGACAAAUUAAAAGAAUGAUUUCAUCAUAUGUUGGUGAAAAUGCUACUUUUGAAAGUCAAUAUCUCAAGGGUGAAUUAGAAGUAGAAUUAACUCCACAAGGUAAUUUAGCAGAAAGAUUAAGAGCUGGUGGUGCUGGUAUUCCAGCUUUCUACACUGCCACUGGUGUAGGUACAGUUUUAGUUGAAGAAGGUGGUUUCCCAAUUAAAUAUGCUGCUGAUGGUAGCGGUAAAGUUGAAAUUAAAAGCGAACCACGUCCAGUCAAAGAAUUUAAUGGUCGUAAAUAUUGUUUAGAAGAAGCCAUCACUGGUGAUUACGCAAUCAUCAAAGCUUGGAAAGCCGAUACUCGUGGUAAUUUAGUUUUCAGAAAUACAGCUCGUAACUUUAAUCCACCAAUGGCCACCGCCGCUAAAAUCACUAUUGCCGAAGUUGAAGAAAUUGUCGAAGCCGGCGAAAUUAAACCAGAUGAAGUUCAUCUCCCAGGUAUUUAUGUUCACAGAGUCGUUAAGGGUCCAUCAUUUGAAAAGAGAAUCGAACGUUUAACUGUCCAAAAAGAAUCAGGUGCCCCAGCCGCCGACGCCAAACCAAAGAAUGAAGCUGCCGUUAAAAGAGAACGUAUUGUUCGUCGUGCUGCUUUAGAGUUUGAAGAUGGAAUGUAUUGUAAUUUAGGUAUUGGUAUGCCAACUCUUGCCAGUAACUAUAUCCCAAAGGGUAUUAGAAUUGAAUUACAAAGUGAAAACGGUCUUCUUGGUAUGGGCCCAUUCCCAAAACUUGGUGAACACGAUGCUGAUUUAAUUAAUGCCGGUAAAGAAACCGUUACCACUAUUCCAGGUUCAUCCAUUUUCUCAUCAUCCGAUUCAUUUGCCAUGAUUCGUGGUGGUCACGUAGAUUUAACCAUUCUUGGUGGUAUGCAAGUCAGUAAAAGCGGUGAUUUAGCCAAUUGGGUUAUUCCAGGUCAAAUGGUAAAAGGCCCAGGUGGUGCUAUGGAUUUAACAUCAAGUGGUUCUCGUGUUGUUGUCACCAUGGAACAUAACUCUAAAGAUGGCAAACCAAAAAUCAUGGAAUCUUGUUCACUCCCACUCACCGGUAAGGGUGUUGUAAAUCGUAUUAUCACCGAAUUAGCCGUUUUUGACGUCGAUCCAAAAGAAGGUUUAAUUUUAAUCGAAAAAUAUGACGGCGUUACUGUUGAUGAAUUAAAAGCUAAAACUGCUGCUCCAUUCAAAGUCUCACCAAAUCUUAAAUCACUCCAACAAGUUGAAAACUAAACCAAAUAAAUAAAUAAAUAAAUACAAUACAUAAU